AUGUCGUAUAAGUUCCAGGGCAUUUCUGAACCGCUUUUUUCUAUUUCCUAUGACUAUAAAAAUGGGAAAAUUGUACAAUUUGAUAAGUUUGAUGAUGGUUCAUGGAAAUUAAAGGAUAAGACCAGAAUUUUAAGUGCACUGAAAAUGUGCGUAGAAGCUCUAAAGGCAGAAAGGGUCUACGGAUGCACCAACGUACGUGCAAAAUAUUUAAAAACUUUUCAAAUUCGGUUAAUACAACAAACGACCCAGAUGAAGGUAGAUACACCACUUCCUGGUUUAAAACUUCCCAAAACUGCGAAACAAUGGGCGGAGGCAAACGCGUACUUCCAUUCGCAGAGGGCAAAUCUACCCAAUGUCAAUAACAUCGACAACUUCACCAACAGUCUUCAAUCAGUAAUAUACGACUACUUCGCUUCAAACUAUGGCACGUUGGAAACAAAAACAAUUUCAUCUGUUGAUCAGAACAAGUCAAUCAACAAAUUAAAGAAGGAGCUGAAACAACUCAAAGUCCAGGGCCGAAACAACCACAACUACGACCUGCAAAUCAAAGCGCUUAGUAAAGAAAUAAGAUCAAAACUAUUGGCUUUGAAAGCGCAAAAAAAAUAUAAGAAGAACUCAGAUAUUACCAAUCAAUUGCAACAAAAAUUUUGGCCUACUUGUAAAAAACUGUUUAACCCAUCAAUUAAUUCGCUACCUCUGUUCAACGUUACAGAAUGUGAAAAAUUCUUCAAAAAUAUUUUAAAUAAUCAGCACACCAAAAAGUUUCGUCUGCCAAAUUGGAUCCACACUCUGCCGGAUCCAUCAUUUCCAUGCUCUGUUGACCCCCCAACAUACAACGAAAUUUCAUCAAUUAUUCGCAAAUGCAAGUCAAGAGCAUCUCCCUGUCCCUUAGAUCAAAUAUCAAUAAUAAUUCUCAAAAAAUGUCCAAUAGUUCGCACAAUUUUGCACCAACUGCUGACGGUCAAAAAUGGUGUUGGAAUUUUUGUCAGAGAACCGCUAACAAUCCUGAUUGGAGGCAAUCUCAAUGGCCACGUUGAAGAGAAAACAGAUGGUUUUGACAACGUACAUGGUGGUUUUGGUUAUGGAGAACGAAAUGAAAAUGGCAACCGCAUCCUUGAGUUUGCUGAAAGUUACGGGUUUUGUUUACGGAACACAUAUUUUAGAAAGAGGUUGUAA